CUUCUCCAAGAAAGUGGUGAAUCCCCUACUUCAGAUUCUUCUCCCUUGUCACUUCAUACCACGCCUCCUAGUGAAGAUGAUUCAGGUUGGCUCAUUGCUUUCAAAAAAUGUACUCGUUCCACUCAAAACCCACAUCCUAUUUAUAAUAUUGUUAGUUAUCACAGAUUGUCGGCUUCCUAUUAUUCUGUGAUUAUACCAGAAAUGUGAAUGAAACACUUGAUCAUCCUGAAUGGUAACAAGCCAUGAUAUCAGAAAUGCAUGCUCUUGACCACAGUAUUACUUGGGAGCUCGUGCCCCUUCCCCCGGACAAAAAGGCCGUUGGUUGCCGACGGGUGUAUGCAAUUAAAGUCAGUCUUGAUGGUGAAAUUGAUCAGCUCAAUGCUCAGUUAUUUGCAAAAGGAUACACUCAAGUUUAUGGCAUUGAGUAUUAUGACACUUUCUCUCCCAUGGCCAAGAUGACUACUAUUCAUCUCUUCUUUGUAAUGGCAACAAUUCAUCACAGGCUACUUCAACAAUUGGAUAUCAAAAAUGCCUCCUUCCAAGGUGAUCUUGAGGAAGAAGUUUAUACAGAGCAACCUCCUAGGUUUGUUGCUUAAGGAAGUUUGGUAUGGUAUGUAAAUUGCAUCGAUCUCUAUAUGGCCUCAAGCAAUCACCAUGUGCUUGGUUUUGAAAAUUCAACUCCACUGUUCAAAAAUUUGAGCUAAAACACAAUGAAGUAGAUCAUUCAGUCUUUUACUGUCAUACAUCUCUCGGGAAAUAUGUUUAUUUAAUAGUAUAUGUUGAUGAUAUAGUCAUUACAAGAAAUGAUAUUGCUAGAAUAUCUCAACUAAAGGAGUACUUAUGUAGACAUUUUCAAACCAAGGAUCUUGGAAGCCUCAAAUACUUCUUAGGCAUUAAAGUAGCUCAAUCUAAAGAUGGAGUUGUAAUCUCCCAAAGGAAGUAUGCUUUUUGAUAUAUUACGAUAAACAAGUAUGAUUGAUUGUAGACCGGUAGACAGUCGUAUGGACCCAAAUAAGAAAUUAACGACAAAAAAAGGGGAAUUAUUCUUCAAUCCUGAGAGAUAUAGGAGGCUUGUUGGAAAACUGAUUUAUCUUACUAUUACAAGGUCGAAUCUGUCUUUUGUAAUUGGAGUGGUUAGUCAGUUCAUGCAGGCUCCACUGUUGGCCAUUGGAAUGCUAUCAUUCGCAUUCUAAGGUAUAUCAAAAGGACUCUCGGACAAGGGUUGUUAUAUGAAGAAAAAGGAAGCAUUCAAGUCUUUAGGUAUUGUGAUGCAGAUUGGGCAGGUUCCUCUAUUGGUAGACGGUCUACUAUUGGAUAUUGUGUUUUCGUUGGAGGAAACACUAUUUCAUGGAAAAAUAAGAAACAAAAUAUAGUGGUUCGAUCAACAAUUGAAGUUGAAUAUGGGGCAAUGAUGUCACUAACAUGUGAACUUGUAUGGGUGAAGCAGUUUGUUCAAGAGCUUAACUUCUGUGACAUCUAGACUAUGAAGAUAUAUUGCGAUAUUCAAGUUGCUCUCCGCAUUGCAUCAAACCUAGUGUUUCACGAGGGAACUAAACAUAUAGAAAUUGAUUGUCGUUUUGUUCGUGAAAAUUUGUUAACAAAAGAAAUACUGAGUUUGUUGGAUCAAAUGAUCAACUCACAGAUGUGUUAACCAAGUCAUUAAGGGGAUCUCAGAUUAAAUUUAUUUGUUCCAAGCUUGGUUCAUAGAAUCUAUAUGCUCUAGCUUGAGAGGGAGUGUUAGAAUAGUUAUGUCUAUGUAUCAUCAUUAGCUUAAGUAAGGUGUAAUGUGCUAAACAAUUUAUGAGUUGUACAUAUAGUUGUACCUAGUUUUUCAUUAUAAAUAGCAGAUUGUGAGAGGGAUGUCUUCAACCCUGUAGAAAUAUAUUUAUUUGUCUUAAUUUCAAGUGUUACGAAUUUGUGUACCUAUAAACCACUUCGAGCUUGAUAGCUUGAUAGCAUUCAUUCAGAAUAAAACCUUUAUCCCAUGUGACAUAAGCUGUUAGGAGAUUACUUGUAUAUAGAAGAAGGAAAAACAUUACAUAGCCUAACUGCCAAGGCAGUUAGGAAAAGCGGGAAAAGGGGAUCGUAUAAAUAGUAGAGGGCGUGAUUGUAGAAGUUAGUUUUUGGAUUUCAUAAUAGUUUGACAGGAACUUGUUGUCCUGUAGGGGGAGGUUAAGCUCUCUGCAACCAUUGUAUCUUGUAUUCUUGAUUGUGUGGUAAUACAAAGAGGAUUAUACAAUACUUUCGACUGUGUUGGUUGAGUGUGUGGAGUUCGUUUUCCAUAGGUUCUUGAUUAGGAACCUAUCAAUUUGGUCUGACCUACCAGAUCAAGAGGAGCGGAUGACGAAGAUGGAGAGCCAGACGGAGGGACGAUUGGAAAAUCUUGAAAUCACAGUGGAGGGAAUUAAAGUGGAGACCGCGGCGAUUCGUCGUGACAUGCAGCAAUUGGUGAGGAUUAUGGAAAAAGGAACGAAUAAUCAGGAUGAGAAAUCUGAAGGGGGUAACAGCUCCGUGAAUGAUAAUCACGAGAGGCGCAAUAAUGGGGGAUACAACAGAAUUGGCAGAAAAAGGUGGAGCUGUCGUCGUUUGAAGGGGUGGAGCCUCACAGCUGGAUCAACAGAGCAGAACGGUUCUUUGACAUCCACGGAGUGGCAAAGGAGGAUAAGGUAGAACUCACUUACAUUGGCAUGGAGGGGAGCACGAGUUAUUGGUUCAAAUACUGGAAGGAAAAAGCCAAGAACCGUUCUUGGUCGGGUUUGAAGGCUGGGCUGAUUAAUCGCUUCGAAGGUGGAUUUCGGGGGACAAUGUACGAGCAGCUGGCAACGCUGAGGCAAGAUGGGACAGUGGAGGAAUUUGUUAGGAGCUUUGAAAUAUUACUGGAUCAGACCCAGGGGCUUCUGGAGGAGCUGAUAUUGGGGUUUUUCCUGGCUGGGCUACGGAAGAUAUUAAGGGGCAAGUACGGAUCCAAGAUCCUCAGGAAUUGAUGGUUGCGAUGAGGAUCGCAAGGGAUGUCAAAGACGCAAUGUGCCGAGCACGAGGGGAAGUAUAAUGGCGUCAAAGUAAACCCAGUGGGUUGCGAGCCACGACGACGAUCAUUAGAGGCGAUACUGACUGUCAAACCACGAGUCGGUCAGGUAGGGCCGAGGGAGCUGGAACAAUCAGAAGACAGGGAUCAUCGACGGUGCGUAACGCGAGGGGUAGUACCGAUGGGGGAGGCAAUAGUAGGGGAAGAAUCGUUAACAACUUACCUUACCCAGAAUAUCUCAAGAGGCGGGAAGAAGGUCGAUGCUUUCGAUGCGCGGGUCUGUUUGCUCCAGGUCAUUGGUGCUCGGAGAAGAGCUUGAGAGUAUUGCUGCUAGCGGAGGACGAAGACGAUGAGGUUGGAGAGGGAUAAACCAGGGUGAGAAGCCCAUGGAGUUGUCAGCUUGCUCUGCCGAAGGGUUAACAUCGCCCAAAACCUUGAAGCUGACAGGGAAUAUUGGAGAAUGACGCGUGGUAGUUUUCAUAGAUAGUGGCACAAGCCACAACUACAUGAAUUGGAGGAUAACGGAGGAGUUGAAACUACCCAUAACAAUCACGCUAACGUAUCCGGUGAGUCUAGGCGAUGGGCACCGGAGGAUGACCCGAGGACGUUGCGAGAAGGUUAGAGGAAGUUUGGAAGAAGCUACUGUGGAGGAAGAAUUCUAUGUGUUCGAAUUGGGCGGGGUCGAUGUUAUAUUAGGCGUUGCAUGGCUAGCUAAGUUGGGGGAAGUAAUGAUUAAUUGGGGAGAAACGACCAUGGUGUAUUACCUAGAGGGUAAAAGGAUUCGGAUAAGGGGUGAUCCAACUUUAUCCCGACAGCUGGUUGAGCCAAAAAGUCUGCUAAAGUUAACAGAUGCUGAGUCAUGGGCUUUGGUGCGGGAUUUAGGCUUAGUGGAGAAGCAGGUUGGCGGUGAGUGGCCUGAUGACUUAACAAGAGAGCAGAAAGCAGAAUUGGGAGUGGUGUUGUAGGCACAUUACCGAGUAUUUCAGGAGGCACAGUGCUUACCACCACCUUGUGAUAUAAAGCAUCCUUACAGAAUAAAGAUUGAGACUUCGAAAUUGGGUUUGAUCGAGAGAAAAAAAAUUAUGGCCAGAAGAGAUCUUGAGACUGGCGGUGGGAGAACCAAGAACAACAGAACAGAGGAAAACUACACUGCGCAUGAGUCUUCUAAUCUUUACGAAGCUGAUACCCAUUGGACAUGGUUGGUUCCUAUGUUUGUGGGUGCUAACAUUGUUGUUUUUGUUAUUUUCAUGUACAUCAAUAAUUGUCCCAAGAAUAACCUCGGUCCCCAAGGUGGUUGCGUGGCCAAGUUCCUUGGAAGGUUCUCCUUCGAACCUAUGCAGGAGAAUCCGUUGCUUGGUCCUUCUUCUUCAACAUUGACCAAGAUGGGAGCCCUUCGGUGGGAUAAUGUUGUGAACGGGCCUCAAGGAUGGAGACUUAUCAUUUGCAUUUGGUUACACACUGGGAUUAUUCAUUUGCUUGCUAACAUGUUGAGUCUGGUAUUCAUUGGGAUUCUGGAACAACAAUGCGGGUUUGGGAGGAUUGGAGUUAUAUACCUGGUGACUAUCCAGGAUCAAUAUCAUGAGUUCAACCUUGUGGACAAGGUUGUUGAAGGAGAGGAGGGUAAUGUUAGGAGAUUACUUGUAUAUAGAAGAAGGAAAAAAGUUACAUAGCAUAAUUGCCAAGGCAGUUAGGAAAAGCGGGAAAAGGGGAUCGUAUAAAUAGGAGAGGGCGUGAUUGUAGAAGUUAGGUGAUUGUAGAAGUUAGUUUUUGGAUUUCAUAAUAGUUUGACACGAACUUGUUGUCCUGUAGGGGGAAGUUAAGCUCUCUGCAACCAUUGUAUCUUGUAUUCUUGAUUGUGUGGUAAUACAAAGAGGAUUAUACAGUACUUUCGACUGUGUUGGUUGAGUGUGUGGAGUUCUUGAUUAGGAACCUAUCACAAGCACUGAAGUUAAAUUUCAAGAUGAUUCAAACAGAAACUUUCACAGCACCAACUAGAAGCCAACAUUACCGUUUAUAUUAGACAGAACAUAGGAAGGUCAAUAUGGGUCUUAAACAAUGCUACCAAGUAAAAUAAUCACAAACAGUUAUCCCAUAAGAAUUUUGUAGGUCAUCCAUCCCAUUUUUGAGUCAAAUUUAAGAGCCAGAGUUGCAAGGCAUAACCCACCCUCACACUCAACAAAUCAUUAUCUUUUAAGAUGGCAAACACCAAUAUACGGUUUAAAUCAACCAAAAAACCCCUCCUACUCAUUCCCAAGGUUUAAAAAGCCAAUCAGCAACCGCAAUUUCAUUUGCAAUGUCCAAGGUCUUUGAGGCUUUGCAAACAGCAAUGUGAACACAAUUGUGGAGGCAAUUUUGACAGAAAAUUGUUGCCAGAAGACCACAUUUGUUUGCAAUUUCCCAUAAAUAUCAAGGAAAACAGCAAAAUCACUACCACUGCGGUGGCUGCAGUUUCCAUGGCAACCGUUGCCUCAAUGAACACAAAAAUCACAAACAUAUCCACAUAAUCUUGCUAAUCACAGGUUGAUGAACCCCAUUCCAUUUCCAACUAUCAAACACGUCACGAACUCACUAUUCAGAGCCAAUUCCAAUAUAAUAAACUCUUUUACAGAGUUAGUUGGGGCUUUUAUAGUUGUUUUUUAACAGAAAUUGUUAAACUGUUCUAUCCCAAACUUUCAGUUUGAGGAUUAGAUGGUGUAUAUAAAGACCUUCGCGGGAACUUGAAGGGGAUUAUUCAAUCAAAAAUAUAUAUUUAGUUUAUUAGUUUGUAUAUCUAUGUGUGUGAUUGCCACCGUAGGGAGUUUUGGAGAGAGUAUGUGUUUGGUGCUUAGAAGUGAGUCAGUGAGAGUGAUAAAGAAUAAAAAAAAUUAUCACAUUUGUAUCAGUUUUGCUGGGUGAUGAUGGAUCCUUACGAGCUCUUUGAUCUUCAAGAAUCAGUGAGGCAAUCUUUGGAAAUGGUAAAAAAGUCAAUUGCAGACCUCACAGCAACAGUUAGGCUUUCAAGAUGACUAAAAAACCAUAAAAGAUUAUGGGAGGCAGGCUGAAUUUGUAGAGACGGCUGUUUCACUGCUGGAACAGUUUUCUAAGUUAGAGGGAAUCCCUGAAACUCAGAAGCUAUUUGAUGGUUGAGUUAGAAAAGUCACUCAGGGUUAAUAGUCCUACAUCUGUUCAGGAGGCAGUCCGAAUUACUUGCUUAAAAGUUCACAAUCUUUACAAAAGCUAUGUUAAUUCUGGCCUUGCCUUUGGAGCUAAACGCUGGGUGGCACCUUUGAAUAGACAGUGUGAACGUUUUGCAAGUGCAAAGGCCACGAACAUACCCCGUGGGAGCAUUGGUGUGCUAUAAAAUGGUGGAGGAUGA